AUGCUGAUCUUUGUGAAGACCCUCACACAGAAGACCAUCACACUGGAGCAGCUCAAAGAUGGUCACACACUCUCAGAUUACAACAUCCAGAGGGAGUCCACCCUUUAUCCGAUCUUGUGUCUCCGCAGAGGCAUGCAGAUCUUCAUGAAGAUCCUUACAGGGAAGACCACACUGGAGCCUCAGCUUCUUCCCCCCAGCAUGCAACCUCAGCCUGCUCCCUCUGGCAGCGAGCCUUAUUCAGCUCCCUCUGGUGCUCCCCACCUACAGCAUGCACCCUAA